GGAGAAACGAGUGUCGGAGGGCGGACAGUGAGCAGUUUGUUGGUGGAUGCGCCUCUGCGACUCUGAACAAGGCUGGAAGUAUCGAUCCGAUUCCUGAGAAUGGAGUGGUAUGUGCUGCUGCUGAUGCUGAGCCUGCCGCCCUCCAUCCACGCAGACUGCUCCUCUCAGUGUGAGAAAUGUGCGCAGCAGCUCCUCGGCCCUGGUGCAGCCUACAGCAGCCUGUCCUGCAGCGCGGAGUGCGAGGGCCAGCCGGAGAGCUGCAGCCAGGCUCCGCGGCUGGCGGACUUCAGUCAGGAUGAGGCUGCGGAGGAGGAGGAGAGCCAGCAGGCGGAUCUGGUCAAACGCUACGGCGGCUUCAUCAAGAGGAUCGACAAGAACAAGAACAAAAUCUUCAGCUCUCCAUGGCGCGACAAUUACAUAUUGAAAGCUGUCUCGCUGCCCAAGAAAUAUGAAGACUUUUUGAAGAGUCUGGAAGAGAGAGACGCGGACACACCGGAGGACGCAGACGAGACUCCGGGGGAUCAGAUCCUCCGCGGUUAUGUUAAACGUUAUGGCGGCUUUUUGCGGAAAUUCGGCCCCAAGUCAAAGAGGAGUAGUUCGGUGGAGCAGGAGAGCCAGGAGCCCGAGGAGCUGCAGAAGCGGUACGGAGGCUUCAUGAGGAGAGUCCGACCAAAGUUGAACAACCUGAAGUGGGACAAGCGGUACGGAGGCUUUCUGCGCCGCCACUUCAAAAUCUCUGUGCGCUCAGUGGAGGAGCCCUAUUACUCCUACGACACGCAGAGCCUAUAGACGCACACCCAGAGAAACUCAAAGGAACUUGCACAGGUUUACUUGAAAUGCCAUAAUUUAUCUAAAAAGUAUCAUAUGCCUGCCUAACUUGCUUAGACUCGACUGCCUUCUGUGUAACAUUUCUGUUAUUUGCCGUCGUCUCUCCUCCAAUAAAUGCUUGUUUAAUAAAAUCA